AUGCCUCCACCGCCAGCCUACCACACCGUCGUAGACUCGGACGCGCACAUCCCAAUCAGGACGCCAUACAUGUUCCCCAACGAAGACAACCGCAACGGCUUCGACGAUGAAGAGGAGAACGAUGUACCAGAGGUGACCAUCAACGCCACGACGCAGAUCCGCGGGCACGGAAACAUCAUCACAGUACCUCAAUUGGACUCAGCCCGGAUUGCCGGCAUGGUCGUCUGCGUCUUGAAUGGCGGUCCACCGUCGCCGACGACAACAGCCGCAGCAGCGGCUGCAGCAACAGUACAGUCACAGACAGCGACGCCGCCGCAAUCAAACAGCAGUGACGACGGCAAUAGCAACAACAACAACAGCGACAAUCAAAGCAACAACAACAAUAAUCAAACACCACAAACGGCCCCUGCAACCGCACGAAGGAUAGCAAAGCCCUUCCCCAGAAUCAACGUCACGAUCAACUGCGGGGCGACCGUCGUUGGCGACAGGAACAUCGUCGGCCCCGGCCUCGGCGACAUCGCGCGCCAGAUGCAACUCCAAGCGCAUCAGAGGCAGCAACUACAGCAGCAACAGGCGGCAGCGACGGCGGCAGCGCAGGCGCAGAGCGCGAGGAUUGCGGCAGCGACGGCGGCGAGUCGGCCGCUAUUCCAGACUCAUGGGUUUCCUACGCCGCCAAUGAGCAGGUCAUCAAGUGGGAGUAGCACUGCUGAGGGCGGUGGUGCUGGGGUCAAGAGGAAGGCGGAGGGGGAUGCGGGCGUUCAGCAGCAGCAGCCUGAGGUCAAGAAGGGCAAUUUCAGAGGGGCGUGA